AUGAGAGUCGUUGCUCUCCUUUCCCUUGUCGGCCACGCCGCGGCCAUAUGGCCUGCCCCUCAAUCUUUCACCAACGGAAGCGCUGCUCUUUGGCUCGCAGAGGAUUUUCGAGUUUCGUACAAUAAUCGGACCCUCACGCAACGCAUAGGCAGUACCAAAUCAAUCCCAACAGAGAUCUCAAGUUUGGAUAUCGUCGAGGCUGCCGUGCAGAGGGCUCGGGAGUCUAUAUUCCAAAGCAGUAUUGUUCCUUGGAAGUUCUACCCCCGUAAUAAGCUGGACCAAAUCGAGCCCUCCGCGACUGGCAACUCAAAAAUUUAUAUACAGAAACUCCAAAUCACCCAGACCACAAUUGACAACAAUUCAACAUUCAAGCCUAUCGCAGGUGAAGUGGAUGAGGCUUAUAACUUGACAAUAGGAACGGAUGGAGCAGCAACCAUCAAGGCAGUAUCGUCUAUUAGUGUUCUCCGUGCUCUGGAGACUUUCACCCAAUUAUUUUAUUUGCAUUCGGGCGAGGGCACUGGCGUGUAUACUAAUCUCGCCCCGGUUAGUAUUAGUGACUGGCCAAAGUUUAGCCAUCGAGGCUUGAACUUGGAUGUUUCCAGAAACUGGUUUCCAAAGGAGAACAUCCUCCGGACCAUUGAUGCCCUUAGUUGGAACAAAUUCAAUCGUCUCCACAUACAUAUAACCGAUGCACAAUCUUGGCCCCUAGAUGUUCCUGCGCUGCCAGAGCUGUCUCAAAAGGGCGCCUAUCGGAGCGGGUACUCCUACACGCCUCAAGAUAUCAAAGAUAUUCAGAUCUACGGAAUCUAUCGUGGUAUCGAAGUUAUAAUCGAGAUUGAUAUGCCUGGCCACACAACAUCUAUUGGAUUCUCACAUCCAGACCUCAUCACAACAUUUCGUUAUCAGUCAUGGCACGAUUAUUGCUCUGAACCGCCUUGCGGACAACUGAAGCUAAAUUACACGCCGGUAUACGACUUUGUCACCAAACUGUUUGAUGAUGUUCUGCCCAGGGUCUCCCCAUAUUCGGCAUAUUUCCAUACUGGCGGGGACGAGAUUAAUACCAACGACUACCUUCUGGAUGACACUGUCAACUCUAGUAGCGUCUCUGUCCUGACCCCCUUAAUUCAAAAGUUUAUCGAUCACAGUCAUGACUUGGUAAGGAAAGCAGGUCUAGUACCAAUUGUCUGGGAGGAGUUGCUUAUCACCUGGAAUCUUACCCUCGGCAAAGAUGUUGUGGUUCAGACCUGGCUCGAUGAUGCAUCUCUAAGCGAAGUAACCGGGCGGGGACACAAAGCUCUCUUUGGGGAUUACGAGAACUGGUACCUCCCCUGUGGUUACGGACAAUGGUUCAACUUCAACAACACUGAUGCCGCAAUUCACUAUCCAUACACUGACUACUGUUCGCCGCUUAAGAACUGGCGAGUGAUAUAUGAGUACGACCCAACUGCUUCUCUAUCUGCUGAUCAGUUAGCAUUGGUCCUCGGGGGCGAGAUUCAUCUCUGGGCUGAGCGGAGCGAUCCAUCAAAUAUGGAUCAAGUGAUGUGGCCACGGGCAAGUGCCGCGGGAGAAGUACUGUGGUCUGGACGUCAAGAUCCAAGCGGGCAGAAUAGGAGCCAGAUUGACGCAGCUGUGAGAUUAUCUGAUCUGAGAGAGCGGAUGCUGUUGCGGGGAGUCGGCUCUGAGCCGAUUCAGAUGGCAUAUUGCACACAGUAUCAGGGAGAUUGCACGUGGUGA